AUGGACCGGACGUGCAAUCUCGGCCGUUCUUCGAGCUUUGUCCCCACUUUGCGCGGCUGCUUACUCUGGGGUGGCGCAACCGCGAACCGCGACGUGCGAUACGAGGACAUUACCAUAGACGCGGAUAUCCAACCAUCGAACCCUGAAAUGUUGCAUAGUUGA